GUAUAAAGUGCAUCAUUUUCAAACUACUUCGUAUCAUUUAGUCAUGGUGUCUCAUCUUUAUUUAGGUGUGGUAUUCUUGGCUGCUUGUGCAACAGCUGUUGCUGAUCCAGAUCUUAAAUUAAUCUGUGGGAAAGACUCUGUGACAAUCACGUGGAGGGUUGGUUCCCAAUUCACACCAUAUGCAGCUCGACUUCUUCUUGGAACCUGUAUGCCUUCUAAGUGGAAAAUUCUACCUACAGGAGAGGGGGAAGCAUUGUUCAACUACAAGUUUUCUGAGUGCAAGUUUAAAAAAAUGAUAAAAGGGAAACGUGUAGUGUAUCAAAAUGAGCUGCGCUUCCAGCCACAUGAAAAGUCAAAACCUGCCCUCUUCAGAUAUCCCAUUGAAUGUGUAUAUGAAAGACCUGAAGGGUGGGUUCCCCCAUUCCUGAACCCUGGAAUGGGUGUUUCUCAGGGUCAAAGUAAGCUGGUCUUCCAUAUGGCGCUCCUUAAUGACCAAUUAACAGGUGUGGCAAAAACUAAUGUGAUCCCACUGGGGUCAUUCAUGCCAAUAUGGGCAGCAGUGGAACAGAAGUCCCACCAGCCGCUACUCCUGCUCAUGGAGGAAUGUGUUGCAGCCACCACACCAGAGCUGCACCCUGGCAGCCAGAUUUACCCCAUCAUUGGCAAUAAAGGGUGUCUUUUGGAAAGCAAAAGGGGAACGUCUUUUUUCCUUCCUCGGUACCACUCGUCGGCCCUCAUCCUCUACCUCCAGUCCUUCAAGUUUGGUCUUGGAGGCGAGGUUUACAUCCACUGUAAUCUGGUUGUAUGGGAUCAUGGUUCCCUUGAUGAAAGCAAGAAAGCCUGCCAUGUCAGGGAACACGGGAGAUGGGAGCUAUUGGAUGACCACUCUCAGAGCUUCCUUUGUCAAUGCUGUGACUCAAGCUGUGGGUCUCGGUCUAAAAGAUCAGUUGAACUAGAAUCCAAUGGCCCAAAGUACAAUUCUGUAUUGGGUCCCAUUAUAAUCCAAGACCAACUGGACUCUGGCAACAACACAUUUUCGUGGCCUUACUCCAGCUGAUCCGGAAAGGAUUACUGUGGAAGAAUCAUGGAUGGCAACAGGACACUGCUAAAUUCCAUGACUUAAAGACAUUGACUGUAAAAGACUGCGUUUGUUCAAUGGAACUUGCAGCAUCCUCGCAUUCAGGAGGACAUUGUGUAAACUAUUGGAAGUGAUCAAGGAGUUCUGAUUGGAAGCAAAAAUGUGGUAUGCUUCCCCACAUACAAAGUAAUAAAAUGCCGCUCGGAUACCUACA